AGAGUUUUUUUAUAUAAAAAAAGGGAAUUAACUCAUCAUGUCGCGUUUUUUUGCUACCGGUUCUAAUUCAGAAUCUGAGUCUGGAGAGGAAGAAGUUCAAGCACCAACUUAUGCUAAGGCUGCAGCUUAUCAAUUCAGCGAUGAGGAAGAAGAGGUUAAGCGCGUGGUUCGGUCAACUAAGGAGAAACGAUAUGAAAAUUUAACAGCGUUAAUAAAAAAUAUUCGAAAUCAUAAGAAAAUUAAGGAUAUGUCUAGUAUCCUGACAAGUUUUGAAGAUUUAACUCGUGCCUAUCAAAAAGCGCUGCCAGUUAUAUCUAAAGAGGAAAAUGGCAUAACGCCGAGGUUCUAUAUCCGUUGUCUGGCCGAAUUAGAGGAUUUCAUUAAUGAGGUAUGGGAGGAUCGAGAGGGUCGUAAAAAUCUAUCAAAAAAUAAUUCAAAAUCAUUAGGUGCGCUGCGUCAAAAAGUACGCAAGUACAUAAAAGAUUUUGAAGAAGAAUUAGGUCGAUUCCGUCAAAAUCCUGACCAGGAAAGUGAUGCGGAAGAGGAGGAACCGGUAACCUACGAUUCUGAUAAUGAUAAAGAUGACCAAACAUCUGAUGACGCUUGCCGUGAUAUUAAACAGCUACCAAGUGAGCAAAAGCCUGUUAAAGCUGCUGCCACAAAACAAGAUCAGGAUCAAGAUGAGGAUGACGAUGAUGAUUCCGUUGAUUGGGGAUCGGAUUCGGAAUCUGAGUCUGAAUCAUCAGACGAUGAUAACCAGUACGUGAACAUACGUGAUCGCUUCUUGAAAAGACCAACGACUGGAAAAGAGGAGAAAGAUGACCGAGAAGAGCGCAAAAAGGAAAAGCGUGUUAAGGAAGCCAAAAUACGUCGCAAACGGGCCGAGGAAGAUGCCGACGAAGACGGAGGAUGGGAAAUCGUUUCUAAAGGUCCGAUCAUUGAAAAGGCAGAGAUGUUCGAGAAAGACGCUGAAAUCGAUGCUCCUCUCGUGCUAUCAAAACUCAAUGAAAUUAUAUCUGCCCGCGGCAAAAAGCGUACUGAUCGCCGUAUGCAAAUAAAUAUGCUUUAUGAAUUGCGUGAGAUAGCCAACAAACAUUCGUUAAGUGUGGCGGUUUCUGUGAAAAUUCACUUCAGCAUAAUUUCAUCUAUUUUCGAUUACAAUCAGAAAAUAUCCGAACCAAUGAAAUUGGAGCACUGGGCCAAACUUCUUGACGUCAUGCAAAGCAUGAUGAAGCUAUUACUUGCAAAUGAUGAUAUUCAUAUGAGUGAGAAUAUAUCCGAAGAGAAUGAGGAAUUCGUAAAUCCAAUCUAUUUUAUACGCGGCUGUCCGCUGGCUGCUGUCGAACGCUUGGACGAUGAAUUUACUAAGCUCUUGAAGGAGUGCGAUCCCCAUUCUAAUGACUACGUUGUUCGUCUUAAAGAUGAAGUCACUGUCACUCGCAUUAUUGAAAGUGUGCUUGAAUACUUUGAACGCGUUGGAAACAAAAACGAGCGUUGUCGCAUUUAUUUACGCAAAAUCGAACAUCUUUAUUAUAAAUUUGAUCCAAAUGUUUUGAAACGCAAGCGUGAUGAACUGCCACCCACUGUUACAACUUCCGUUGAGGUAAUGGAUCGCCUCUGUAAGUUCAUAUAUGCGAAAGAUGACACAGAUCGUAUUCGCACUCGGGCAAUUUUGGCUCACAUUUAUCAUCAUGCUUUGCAUGAUAACUGGUUUCAAGCACGCGAUUUAGUGCUUAUGUCGCAUUUACAAGAUAACAUAGAUGCCGCAGAUCCAUCUACUCGCAUUCUCUAUAAUCGCAUGAUGGCGAAUCUGGGCUUGUGCGCUUUCCGGCAAGAAAACAUCAAAGAUGCCCAUCAUUGUUUGGUAGAUCUAAUGGUUACAGGCAAGCCAAAAGAGUUAUUAGCUCAAGGUUUAUUACCUCAACGUCAACAUGAACGUUCGGCCGAGCAAGAGAAAAUCGAAAAACAACGCCAAAUGCCUUUCCAUAUGCAUAUUAACUUGGAGCUUCUCGAGUGUGUUUACCUUGUUUCGGCAAUGCUUAUUGAAAUUCCUUAUAUAGCAGCACAUGAAUUUGAUGCCCGCCGCCGUAUGAUUAGCAAAACAUUUUAUCAGCAACUACGUUCCUCGGAACGUCAAUCUCUUGUAGGGCCGCCAGAAUCUAUGCGUGAACAUGUUGUGGCAGCUGCAAAAGCUAUGCGUUGCGGAAAUUGGCAAGCUUGCGUGAAUUUCAUAAUUAAUAAAAAGAUGAAUGUGAAAGUCUGGGAUCUCUUCUACGAAUCUGAUCGCGUUCGUGAAAUGCUUGUUAAAUUUAUAAAAGAAGAAUCAUUGCGUACUCAUCUAUUCACUUAUUCUAAUGUAUACACUUCUUUAAGUAUUCCAUCGUUGUCGCAGAUGUAUGAGCUUCCCGUGCAAAAGGUUCACUCGCUUAUCAGUAAAAUGAUAAUAAAUGAAGAAUUAAUGGCAAGUUUGGAUGAUCCAACCGAAACGGUGGUCAUGCAUCGUUCAGAACCGUCGCGCCUACAGGCCCUGGCUAUGCAAUUUGUUGACAAAGUUACAAAUUUGGUGGAUGUGAAUGAGAAAAUAUUUGACAUGAAACAGGGCAACUUCUUUCAACGCGGUAAUAUGGGCAAUCGCGAUCGUGGUUAUAAUCGCAAUCAGAAUAAUCAAGGCGGUGGAAACUGGGGCGGUCAACGACGUGAUAAUCGCAGUCAACGUCAACGUAAUCAACGCAAUCAGCACCAUCAUCAUAAACAACAACAGCAGCAACAUCAACAACAACAAAAUCAACACCACGAGCAGCAAGUUCAACAAGUCAUUGAGGAGGAGUAAACGUUCACAAGUUGUGAGGAACACGAAUUAAUUUAAUCAAAAAUCGGUUGUCAUUAACUAUAUUUAAAUUAUGUAUAACUGUUCAGAAUUCGCAGAUCACAUUUGUACAUGAGCUCCCGAUCUGAAAGCAGGCUAUUUUUCUUAUACGUGAAAUGUCUGCUUUGGAUCGGGAGCUAGUUGUGCAAUGAUAAUUAAUGAUAAUUAUUUAGACCAUUGUUGUGUUCCUCUGAAAUCAAAUAUAUAAGAAAGCAAAAUCAUUUUUAAACAAAAUUUAUAAUAUUUGAAACGCCUGUUCCAAUAAAUUACUAACAUUUUGAUAAUUAAGA